AACAGAGAGGCGCGGCGGGGAUGGCGGAGGCCGUUAGGCCCCGGAGCCGGGCCAAGGCCGGCCGCGGCAGGACCAAGGAAAAAAAGAAAAAGUAUGAGGAGGAAGCAGUCCCCCCUCAGCUUUCCCUUCCUAGUACACUUAAAGAUGAAGAAAGAUUUCCACAAUCCAGCGAUACCCAAGUGGAGCAUUGUCCACAGCCCAGGCUCUGUAGUGAAGUGGUGGAGAGAGAAAAUAUGAAGCAAGUCCCACUGGAAGAGCAAGCACUAGAUGCAGAAGGAUCCUCAGUUGCUACGCAGUCAAACCCUCCAACGCAGGUGGAAGAAUCCAGAGCCAGGACCGUGCAGGAGGGAGAUUUGCAGGGGAAAGCCUCCAGUCCUCAAAAUGUCACGGAAGCAGAUGCUGCCAAAACAGGGACUAGCGGCUUAUCUGAAAAGAGCCCUUCUUGCACACCCCCACCAACAGCAAGUGCCCAGCACCGCGAAACUGAGAAUGUGUGGCAUAUAAAGGAUUUGCUGCCCUGUUCACCUGAAGAGGGUUUUGCCACUGACUCUGUCCCUGUCGAAGAGGUCAGAGAACAUGUUGAGAAUUCUGGUGUCCGAAAGCUUUAUCCAGACCUGCCAUCGGAGAUCUUCCAUGAACAGCUCUCUGGGCUUGCCAUAGAACCACGGCUAGCAAAGGGAAAACUUUAUCCUGAGAUCCUGGUUGAACCAGAGCUGUUGCCUUUUAGCAAAGAGCAGCUGAAAGUCUUUGAGCCCUGUUCCUGGCUGGAGAAUGUUGAUUUCUACAUGGAAGAGUUCCGGACUGUGGCACACCAAGACAGGCAUGAGUUCUUGGAGCUGCUGCUGAACUACUGGCGCUGUCGGAAGCAGCUGCUUCUGGCAGAAGCAGAGCUGCAAACCCUGACCUCGGAUUGCCAAAGCAUUAAGGGUCGCCUCUGGACUUUUAAGGAUGAACAGAAGUCCGUCCAGGGCGUCUGUGCCGACCAGUGCAAGGUGUCCGGCCACCAUCGCUACCAGACGGUCGAGAUGAGUGAAGGUGCCUUGGCAGAACUACGGAGGGCGUUUGAGGUCCAGGCAGGCCACGUGCAUCAGACGCUGGCCUUGCAUUUGUACACCGCCCUGUUGUCCCGCCUGCAGGUGGAAUCCUACCUCUACGGACUGCUCAGCAGCUCUCCCUUGCUGGCGUCUGUGGGCCUUCGCCAGCAGGAGCCAGGCCUUACACAGACAGAAAACAUCUCAUUGGACUUGGGGCCCUUGAAAGAAUGCAUCAGUGUUCUCUUCAGUUUCACCCGCCGCAUGAUUGAGGAUCCUCAGUUUCAGGGUGACGUUCUCUCGUGGCUUCGGAGGCUGGUGUCAGUCUUGCAAAGGGUCGGCUGCCCAGGGGACCAUCUCUUCCUCCUGAACCACAUCCUUCGAUGCCCAGCUGGUGUCAGCAGAUGGGCUGUUCCAUUCAUUCAGAUUCGCGUUCUGGGUAAUCCAUCUGGGGUCUUUCAUUUUAUGCAAUCCCUCGCUUUGCUUAUGUCUCCUGCCAAAAAUCGAGCAGAGUUCAUGUGCCAUAUGAAGCCAAGUGAGAGGAUGACCUCCUUAUCGGGCAAUGAAUCUGGAAACUGGACUUUAGUGGAUGAAGCUGGAGAAGAGGAUGAAGAUCCAGUUACGAGUUGGGUUCUUCUUCUUGAAGAUGACUUGGUUGCGUUUUUGUCCCAGUUCCCCUUUCACGAACUCUUUCAGCAUAUUCUUGGAUUUGAUUCUAAAGGUGUUUAUGCUCCCGAGAAAGCCACACCCCAAGAGAUGAUGAAAAUCUUUGCAUUUGCUGAUUCUUUAGUGGAACUUCUGGCUGUGGGGCUGGAAACGUUCAACCGAGCCCGUUACCGGCAGUUUGUGAAACGGAUCGGCCGCCUCAUCAGGAUGACGCUUUGCCACGUGAGCGAUCACUGGGCCCAGUAUAUCAGCCGUGCUAAGGACUGUGGCUACACCAUGCACCCUUACUCUGUCGAGAAACUGCAGAUCGAAUUCGAUGAGCUCUUUCUCAGGGCUGUUCUGCAUGUGCUGAAAGCAAAACGGCUGGGGGUCUGGCUCUUCAUGUCCGAGAUGCCCUAUGGGACUUUGUCCAGCAACAUGCUGUGGAAGCUGUUCUUCAUCAUGCACUGUGCAGACGACGAGAACCUGGAGAGGACCUGUGCAGCUCUGCAGCCUGCAGAUUGCAAGCGCAAACUCAAAGACCCAGCCCACCUGGAGCAUUUUGAGAAGUAUCUCCAGGCGAUGAACGGCUCAGAGGAGAUAUGCCUGUUGACAACGUUUGCCCAGAUGGCUCAGACAAAACGGAGGGAUGUAGAUGAAGACUUUGUCCGAAUCAUUGUGCUGGAAAUUUACGAGGUGUCCUAUGUCAGCCUUUCCACCAGGGAAACUUUCUCUAAGGUUGGCCGGGAGCUCCUGGGAGCCAUCACCGCCGUCCAUACAAGCAUGAUUUCUGUCCUGCUGGACCGAGUCAGAGACACCAUCCAAAGGGUCGGCAUGGUUACCCUGUACCUGUUUAAAGAGCUGCCAAUGUCUCUCUGGAAGCCAUCGGCUUCGGAGGUUGCCCUGAUCCGUGACUGGCUUCUGAAUUACAACCUGACUGAAGUUGAAAACAAACUAGCUUGCGUUAUCCUGGAGGGGCUGAACUGGGGACAUUGUGAGAACGGCAUCCUUCAUCUGGAUCCGGCGGUGCAUGCCGAAGUGGCCCUCACCAUCCUGGAGGCUUACCAGAAGUACCUCUCUCAGAAACUGUACAGCGGGCUAAUCUCCGAAAGCCUCAGACAGGUCUCCUACCUGGCCAGCAUCGUCCGUUACGGAAAGACUCCAGAAACCUCUUUCAACCAGUGGGCCUGGGGACUGGUUCUGAGAUUAAAGCUCCACAUGAACGAUUACGGCAUGCCAAAAGGCUGGCCUCCCAUUCCCGGUUCCAGUGCGGUGCCCGAACUGACGGAGUCGCCCGCCUUCCACCCGCUGCUGAAGGCGGUGCGGUCUAACCUGCCCAUCGGUUGCUACCUUGCGCUGGCCAUGACAACGCUGGGGCACAGCGUCGAGAAGUUCUGCACUGAAGGGAUCCCUCUCCUGGCCCUUCUGGUGCAGACCCGGCACCUGAGAACCGUUGUCCACCUGCUAGAUAAAGUCUUGCCUUUCUUCUACCCGUGCCAGUAUUACCUCUUGAAGAACGAACAGUUUCUCUCCUGCCUCCACCAGUUCCUUCAGCUGGACAGCGGUGUUCCCCAAGGGAUGACGCAGCAGGUGACGCACAAGGUGGCUCAGCAUCUGACAGGGACGAGUUUCGGUGAAAACCUCAGACUGCUCAACUGUAUGAUUCAGAGUCAUAUUUUCGUAAGCAGCCAUCCCAGCGGCGUCGGGCCAGUGGCUGUCUUGGAGUUCUGGGUCCAGGCCCUCACCAGCCAGCCCCUCUGGCACAGGGAGAAAGCCGUCCUCUGCUUGAUGGAUGACUUGUGCCAAGCAGCGUUCCAGUUUAACCAAGAGGACUGCGUGCAGAAGCUGCUGUACCAGCAGCACAAGAAUGCCUUGGGCUACCACUGCGACAAGGGGCUGCUCUCUUCCUUGGUGAGCUGGAUUGUGGCAGGCAACGUCACGCCUUCCUUCAUCGAGGGGAACGCCAAUCCUGCGCAGGUUUGGUUUGCAUGGACAGUCCUGAAUAUGGAGUCUAUAUUCGAAGAAGAUUCCCAACUGCGCAGAGCUGUGGAAAGGGAGUUAGUCACCAACUCUUUGACUCCUGAUCAGGCCCUGAAGAAAGUUCAGGCUCAGCUGAAGCUGCCCAUAGUACCUUCUCUGCAGCGGCUGCUGAUCUACCGUUGGGCUCAUCAGGCGCUGGUUACUCCAGCGGAUCACCCCCUCCUUCCACUCAUCUGGCAGAAAUUCUUCCUCCUCUACCUUCAUCGCCCAGGGCCGCAGUAUGGGUUACCUGUAGAUGGCUGCAUUGGAAAAAGGUUUUUCCAAAGUCCUGCUCAGCUGAGCCUGUUAAGCGACCUGAAACAGCGACUGAUCGAGGUGGCGGAUUUCCACCACUCAGCCAGCAAAGCCCUCCGACCGGACAGCCUGGCUGCCGGCAGUGAAAGCUCUGUGGGAAAGGGACCCGGCAGGUCGGACCACCUGACUUCCCCUGAACUGCACAAGGAGCUUGUCAGGCUCUUCAACAUUUAUGUUUUGUGGCUGGAAGAGGAGAGCUUUCAAAAAGGGAACACGUAUAUUCCCUCCUUACCAAAGCAGUAUGAUUCCCACAGGCUUGCCAGAGUCAUGCAGAACCAGCAGGAUUUGUGGACGGAAUUCGUCAAUGUUGAACGCAUUCAGCUUGAGCUCCAGGAAGCACUAGACUUCUGGCUCCAAGUCAGGGUAGAAUCGCAUGCGGCCUCAAGCACUUUGUCAGUGCAAACCGACUUCACUAACCCUUUGCUGGCCAAAGAAAGAAUUACCAGCAGUUUAAAGAAGUACGAGGCUCCCCAGCCUUCUCUUCCUCUUCAGCCAAUGAAGGCUCCAGUCCCUGUUGUUCCUGCGGCUAGUUUGGUAAAUCAAGCGGAAGCCAAAGAACUAAUCCGUGCCAGCCUGAGCAUCCUGCAGCACCACGCCAAAUCCGCAGCCCUCCGAGAGUCCCAGCACGUCGCUUUCAACAACGAGAUCCUGGACACACUGCCAAAGCUUUACACCAACCGAGAAGAACAAAUCACCCUCCAGCUGGAGUGUCGCGGCAGCUCCGGCAAAAGUUGCCAGGGAGCAGCUCUUGUAGCAGUCCAGUUUGAAGGAAAGCACAAAAAUGACACAAUCGAUCAGCAGCUUCACGCUCUGAAGAAAGAAGUGAGACACCUACAAGCGGAAGCCACAAAACCUCCUCCUUUGAGAGUUGUGGAAGCUGCCGUUCACACAGAAAACUUUAUCACAGCUUUAAUCAACAGCUACAGGCUUCAGUCUGUGCCUGGGAUUCACCGAGUUGGGAUCAAGCUGUUUUUCACAGUGGUGGAAUUUGUGUGUGAUGAAACCCAGCGCCACCCACCUACCCGGCAGUUCUUCACCUCUUGCGUCGAGGUCCUGGGCCAGGUGUUCAUAGCAGGAAGCCCAUCUGAGUGCAAGCCAGUGCUCCAGGCCAUUCUGAAGAACCGACGGCUCUGCACCCUCGUGGCACCUUAUUUUACCCCCGCCGCCUCCCCAGCAGAGUUUGUCAACUUGUACGAGAAGGUUGUGUCUUUCCUUGGCGCUGAUGACAGCAGUGAUGUCAUUUUCAUGCUGCUCACAAAGUUUGACCUCCUGCAGUGGCUGAACAGCUCCAAGCCGCUGCUGUCCGAGCGCACCAGACUUCUGGAGUCCAUCCAUUUGGCUCUCAAGGCCUGUGGCUUUCAGCCCGAGAAAGACGUUCUGAUGCCCUUCUCUGUCUUCUGUGCGCACUGGACGUGCCUCCUCUGCUACCAGUUCCCUGACCAUUACAGCAGCGUCCUCAGGUUGCUCGUGGAAAGUUCCUUGGACCAGCUGCUGAGUCCAGACUGUUGGAAGGUUUCCCUUAAGGCCUUGGGUUGUACUUCCACGGCAGAUAAAAAGGAUGCUGGGAAGGAGGAGACCAGCGAGAGCAUCACCUCACACAUUUUUGUAGAAACUUUUCUGUCUGCAGAACAGGUCAUGGAGACAAUAGACUGGCUUUCAGACUACUUCUUAAAGCUGCGCUUGUCUUCGCGAGACGUCCAGAGCUUUGGGCUGUUCUCAAAGUGGACUCCGUACAUCGCUGAAGUGCAGUGCUUCAUGGAGCAUCUUGUCAACCGCCUGGUUGAUGCGGAAUCUUCCGGCUUAUCGCAGGAGCCCGUAGGCAGCAGCAGAGUUCUGGCAGGAUUGCAUUCCUUGCAUUUAGUCAUUACCAAACUCUUCAAGCCUUGGAUUGAGGUUUUCGAGAGAGAAGAUGCAGGCAAACAGCCCUGCUACCCGUGGUUGGAGAGUGACGCGCCUGUCGCUUCGAAGAUGGUGCAGUUAUAUGUUUACAGCAUAGGUAUUUUACACGAAAGUUUUAAAGAUAAGCUGUUGCCAAGUCAUCAUGGGGCGCUUUGGCUGUACCUGAUGUACUAUUGCCAGUCGUGCACAGCCCCCAAAAUGCCAGAGCACAUACUUUAUACGUUCCAUACUGAAUUUCGGCACCUCCCCUGGAAGGAAAUGCACCCAGAUCGGCAACUGAUGGAAGAAUUCUUUAAAGUUGAACGAGGCAGUCCCAAAAGCUGCUUCCUGUUCUUGGGCUCGAUCUUAUGUGAGGUCAACUGGGUCAGCGUCCUCUCAAGUGCCUGGAGUCCAACCCCCCCUCCGGAAACUCACGACAUGACUGUGUGUCUGCUUUACAUGGUGGUCCUGCUGGCCAAGGAGGAGCAGCUUGUAACCAAAGAGGAGUCACCGCUGCUCAAUCUCCUUGGCCAGACCAGUUCCCUGCCUUGGCAGUUCAUCAGCAUCUUGUCCUAUCAGAGCAUCAUCAGCUACUUCAACAGUCACUACCCUCCGUCCAUUAUUCUUGCCAAGGAACCUGCAGCUGACCUGAUUGUGAAACUCUUGAAGGCCUCGGCGGGCUUUGGGGCCUCUUCUGAUAGCCACAUGCAUCUGGAUGCAACUCCGAAGUGCCGAGCCUACAUCCGCCAGGUCAUCCAUUUUCUCAGCAUCCUGGAGCAAAGUGGGAAAAUAAGCGUUUCUGCCCUGGAAGAGGAGAUGUCCAAGCUGCUAGACGAUAUUGCCAUCUUUAACCCUCCAGAGAGGGACAUGCAGAGUCGCCACCUGGCCCUGAGCAGCCUCUUUGCAGAGGCCCUGACGAUGUUGAACAACGCCAGCGUGGCCACAGCGGAGUCGCUCCAGGUCAGCUUGCGUGGGUGGAUCGAUGCGACGGUGCAUGGCUUAGGGGUGAUGCCUCUCUUGACUGCUGCAUGCCAGAGCCUGGCGUCCGUCCGACACAUGGCCGAGACCACGGAAGCCUGUGUCACCGCCUAUUUUAAUGAAGACUCUCCACUGGGCCAGGAUUUGGGCUGGGGUCCCAUCGUGGCCUCCUUACAAGUCCCCGAACUCACUGCCGAAGAUUUCCUGAAGGAGUGCCUGUCCCUGGGAGGCUACUUGACCCUUUACGUCUACACCCUGCAGCAGCUGAACGCCGAGCAGACGCAGGCCAAUGAAAUGCGGGUGCUGUUGAUGCUCAGCAAGUGGCUGGAGCAGGUGCAUCACAGUUCUGCGAAGGACGAAGCCAAGCUGUUCCUUUGGUGGCACAAAGUUCUGCAGCUGUGCCUUCUCCAGAUGGUGCAGGAGGACGCGGUCCUGAUGGAGUCGGUCAUUCGGAUCUUGAUGUCUCUCCAAGGCAGGCAGAGCCUGCUGGCUGAAGAGAGACUCACGUCGGGGAUCCUCGGCGUUCUCGGCCUGGGCAGGAAAUCCGCAUUAUCGAACAGAUUCCGCGUGGUCGCCCGAAGCAUGUCAGCCUUCCUUUUGGUGCAGAUCCCUAUGGAGAAUCAGGUCCGGCUGAGGCCUGGCAUGGAACUGCAUCUCUCUGCCAAAGCCCAGCAGGCGCUGAGCACUCUCGAUUCCCUGGCAUCAAACAAACAAUACGCAGAAUACCAAGAGCAGAUCUCCCAGGCCUCCCAGUUCAUCAAGGACUCGUGCCAUUGCCUUCACGAUGCAUCGAGCCUUCUGGCUAUCCUCCUCAAUACUUUGUACCCGGAAGUGCAUUAUCUGGACACCAUACGAUAAGCCGGAGGCAAAGGCCCCUGGCUGCACUCACGGAUUGUCUUCGGUUUGCACUUGCCCACGACCUUCUCCAAGGCGCUCACAUGCCCGAGUUCCGCUUUCUCAAAGGGGCCGGGGCGGGGGAGUGGACUGGCUUUUCUUUUCUGCUCUAAAACCUGUGGGGGUCACUCGCGUGUCCACCGAGACAUGGCACGUCUCUGGCUUUUGGCAGGGUGAAGUGGCACUCCGGUUCAUUUCGAUGGGCCGUCGAUGGCCGAAGACCUUCACGCUGGAUAAGGCUUUAAGGCAGGAGAGCAAGGACUCGGGGGCAGUCAACCCUGCCAGCUUGGUCAGCAGUCGGGGCUGCAUGGGCUGGAAUGCAGCUACCCUGAAAGGCACCAAGCUCCUGGCCCUGAUGUACAAAGUGUCCUUGAGGGCUGAUCGUUGCCAUUUUGGAAUAAUGCAGUGUAUCUUUAAGUGUGGCUUCUCAGCACUUUUUCAACUUGAUUUUGCUCAUGUGCCUUUUUUAAAAAAAAGCUGUGAAAUUUUGGAGCUAAUUUCCAUAACUAAUUAGAAGGUUGGAAUUCCUGCUUUUAUUUAAAUUACUUCCAUUUAUCUGUGCUGGAUGUUUACAACCCUUUACUGGUAAAAUCAACUCCACUGAAUUCUGCCAAUGUUGUUAACUUUUUCUCCACCCGUUUAGGCAGAGGCUGGAUUUAUUUAAGGGGAGCGCUUCCCAAAAUAACAGAACUUAUUUCCUUAUCAUCUGCUUGGGAGUGAGUCACUUGGUAGCAUGUGACUUUAGUAACAAGCAAGGAACACUUUUUUCUGGAUUUCAGCAUGAUGAUGGAGAAAAUAUCAGUUUCACAAGAGUUUAAGAAAAUUAUGGUUUUCUUGUAAAGGAACUUUAUGGAUCAUGUAUUCUGACAGAGAAGCAAUCUUUUGGUGCCCACAGGGAUCUUCUCUCCUGGAAAAGAGCUCUGUGUGACUCAAAAGCUUGCUUCCCUUCUCUUACGAUGCAUAAUCAUGUGACUAAUUUUGGUUUCUGGCUGUCAAUACCACAGGCAGAAUACUGACCACGAAAUAAGUUUCUGUUGGAAACCCCUCCCUUUUGUAAACAAAGACUGCUGAGUUGCAAUCAUACAUGGAAGGUUAAAUUCUAUGGAAGUCAAGCUCACAUUUCUAGGUAAAUGUCUUGGAGAAAAGGGUAUUAGUCAGUGAAGGAGAAGGCAGUGUGGUUCCUCCUGUCUGUCUUGAAAAUGUUCGGAUGCUGCUGCAGAGCUGACUUGCAGUGUGUGGAGUUAGAACGGCUGCAUUGGACAGUUUUUAUUUUUCAGAGUGUGUAUUUCUAGGUUUACUGUUGACUCCUCUGUUGUCGCCUUAUUUGAGUUCAUUUUUCUCUUCCUUACCUCCCUGUUGGGGAAACAGAGACCAAAGUGUACCAGGUCCUUUGAUCGUUCGUUGUUGGCACAUCCUGGCCGAGAGUGGAAUUUGGCAAACUGCUUGGGCACAUUGCUUCCCUAGUGUGGGCGCCCUCCUUCUCACACCCUCCCAGUUUCAAACACUUUCCCUUUCAGAGCUGAUCAGUAAAAUGAGAGUGCAUUUUCUUCUGCAAAGUAAUCACAUUUUUCCUGCCUUUCGCUCCACUUAGCAGGUGGGUUUUUCUGUCGUACCUGCCCCUUGAUGGACUCAUCAGCACCUUGCGCUGGCAAAUAAGGUUGGACUGUUUUGUGACGAUGUUCAGCCCAUUAUUGUGGAAUUAGCUGGUUCUUGCCUUGCCAGAUUAUGCAAAGAAGGUCUUUAUAGCGGAGUCUUUGGACCCAGUCCUGUGGAUUAAGCUUCCAGAUAAGCUGCCUCCUUUCCUGCAGUGUCAAAAACCAUAGUGGGUGCAUGUCAGAGCAGCCAUCCCCUGCCUGGAUGCUGGGACUGCAACCCCCAUUAUCCCCAGUCAGCAUGUGACAAUUGUAGUCUGAUCCACCUGGGUGGUGCAAGCUUUGGGGAGACUGUUUAGAGGCGCUACAGACCUCAUAACUGGAAAAAGAAUGACUGCUCUGCCCUUCCUUCUAACACAGGAAAUCAAGGAGUGUAUUUUACUCCGCUCAGUGUUAAUAAUUUAAAAAAGAAACGUGAAAGUGUUGAUAAUAUUGUGUGUGUGUCUGGCAUGAUCAGUUUUGUUACAGAAGCUUUUUACAGGAUGUGUGUUUACACUGGUUUGUGUCUCUGUGAAAUAAACAAGGACACUAAAAAUA